GGCGGAAUGAAUAGUGGCUCUCCUCUACCAAUAUGGCUUCGCCUCUUUUGCCGGAAGCGGAUGUCUCGCCAUCUUUGUAGAGGCGGGGAAGUGUGAUUGAAAAGAAGGGGAGUCUCAGGCCGUGAAAAUGGAGGGGGCUAGUUCUUCACCUCAUGGACCUGCAUCUAUUUUCUGGUUUGGACACAGAUGUCAGUGAUGGGGGUCUCCCAGGCCACCACAUGCUAUUUACAGGAGAUGAGGGGGCUCCCUGCUCUAUUGAUAUGCCAGGUUUGCUCCACUCCCAACCUCUUUAUGGAGUGUAUGGGUACAGCAAGUUUCCGGGGAGCAGCGACAAUUACCUUACGAUCACAGGACCAGGGCAUCCUUUCCUUACAGGGACAGAGACUUUUCACACACCCAGCCUUGGUGAUGAGGAGUUUGAGAUUCCACCCAUCUCCCUUGAUUCCGAUCCCUCGUUGGCUGUAUCUGAUGUAGUUGGUCACUUUGAUGACCUUGCAGACUCUUCUGGAGUACAAGAUGAGGGUUUUGCUGCACAGUAUGGUGUACAGACUUUGGACAUGCCAGUUGAGAUGGCCCAUGAAGUGAUGGAUCAGACUGGAGGGCUCCUUGGAGCUGGAUUGGCUAUGGACUUGGAUCAUCCCAUAGUCACUCCAUACAGUGCAAAUCCACCUGUCACCAUAGAUGUUUCAAUGACAGACAUGUCAUCUGGGAUUCUGGGACACGGCCAGCUAACCACUAUUGAUCAGUCGGAGCUGAGCUCCCAACUUGGUUUGAGCCUUGGUGGAGGGACUAUCCUGCAUCCUGUCCAGUCUCCUGAUGACCAUCUUUCUCCCACCCCAUCACCAACCAGCUCUCUGCAUGAUGAAGACAUGGAAGACUUUAGAAGGAUAACUGCUCCUAAGAGCAUCAUUGUGGAGCAAACCAAGAAGCCAAAAACUCCCAAAAAGAAAAAGAAGAAAGACCCAAAUGAGCCACAGAAACCCCUGUCUGCAUAUGCUCUCUUUUUCCGUGACACACAAGCUGCCAUCAAGGGACAGAACCCCAAUGCUACCUUUGGGGAGGUGUCAAAAAUUGUGGCAUCAAUGUGGGACAGUCUUGGGGAAGAGCAGAAACAGGUUUACAAGAGGAAAACAGAGGCGGCUAAAAAGGAAUAUCUAAAGGCGCUGGCGCUGUAUAAAGCCAAUCAGCUAUCUCAGGUUGCUGUUGACACAGUAGAUCUGGACCCUCCAGCUGUCCCUGCUCUACUGUCAGAAUCUCCCGUUCCAUCCCCUACUGUAGUAACAGCCACCAGCAUUCCUGAAUGUGUGUCUUCUCCCUCUGUAUCCAGUUCCCCAUCUCAGACAGUGGCUGCACCUCAACAAAGCAUUGCUAAAAUAAUCAUUUCAAAACAGAUCCUGCCAGCUGGACAGGGCUCUACCGCUAUAGCCAUGUCUCAGGGUAUGGUCACUGUUAUUCCUGCCACUGUGGUGACCUCUCGUGGACUUCCUUUAGCUCAACUUCAACCUAGUCCUCAGGCUCAAAGGAUAACCCGUUCAGUGUUACAGGCAGCCAUGCAGAUGCCGCCACGCCUACAGCCACCACCUUUGCAGCAAAUGCAGCAACCCCCAAGACUUCUGCAGAUGGCCCCUGCUCAGCAGCCUUCAAUCACAAUCCUGCAGGCACCACCUCCCCUACAACCAAUGCAGAAAGUGCGCCUAAGUCUGCAGCCUCCUCCCCUGCAGAUUAAAAUUAUCCCUCCUCCACUGCAACCCCAGCCCCAAGUUGUUCAAGUGCAAAAUCAAAGUCUGUCAGUCAUUAAUGUUCCCGCCUCUCCUGAGGCCCCUGCCUCACCCCCUGAGCAGCUGGAGGUGUUACCUGAAGUGGUCCAAGAGGAGUCUCCGCCACCUCAGAUGGAUGUGGAGCUUGUGAGCAGCUCUCCCCCUCCCAGCCUUUCUCCUCAAUGUGUCCGUUCCGGAUGUGAGAACCCGCCAGUAGAAUGCAAAGAUUGGGACAACGAGUAUUGCAGUAACGAGUGUGUAGUAAAACACUGCAGGGACACUUUUAUGUCGUGGAUUGCUACACGCAGUCAGGGCACACUUGCACCUGUGAAAUAACACUCAUUCCCAUGUGUGGGGGACAUGUUAUGGAAACCUGUGGAGCAAGCCCUAGAACUCCUGUGGAUGCUACAAAUAUCCAAGAGACAUGUUUUUUACAGAAAGCUUUGUACAUACAAUUAUAUGUCUCCAAAAAGACAAGGCUAAAGGACCGUUAGUUUGGAGAGCAUAUGGAUUCUAUAAGCCCUUGGCAAGGAAAUGCUAUCAAUUGAUUCCAUUUGGUGUGCAAGAUUUCCAUUUUGCACUCGAAACGAACUGCCAUUUUUAUUUCUUUUUCCCCCCGCUUACCAUUAAGCGUGCAACGGCUUUCUUUGGGAUGAUCAAGAUUAGGAGAAAAUCUCACUCUUUUCAAGUAGUCUGAGCUGUUAUUCAGUUUUGCUUGACCUCACUGAGAGAAGUGCAAGGACCAUUCUACAGGAAGUCAUGUAUAUAUCCAUCUGAAGCAUUUCUUGUUCAAAAUAAUACCCCAUUAGAAUCAGUUCAAGAAAUCUCUCCCACCAAUGUCAUUCUGAAGGAUGCAGUUCCAUAACUAUGGUUGCACCAAAUCCACUAUUUUGGAUUUGGCCGAACCCUCGUAUCAUUUGCGAAAGAUUCGGGCAAAUAACGGACCAAAUCCUAAUUUGCAUAUGCAAAUUAUGGGUGGGAAGGGGAAAACAUUUACUUUUUGUGACAGUCGCGUGAUUUCGCUCUCUGCCCCUAAUUUGCAUAUGCAAAUUAGGAUUCUGUUCAUCCGGGCAGAAGGAUUCGGGUGAUUCAGAAUCCUGCUACAAAAGGCUGAAUCCCGAACCGAAUCCUGGAUUUGGUGCCUUCCUAUCCAUUACUGACAAAUCUAAAAGUUUUCAAGCCUUGCCAUACAGAAAAGUGUUUUAUCAAGGCUGCUUUAAAAAUUUAAGUAUAUUCUGGCAAAUCUGGUUAGCUUUGUGCCAAGCAACUGGUCAAAGGGGCGGGGGUUUUAAAUAAACUAAGUUUGUUUGAAACCAUAAACUGCAUUACACUUUGUUCUCUGGGGCACUGAUAAUUAAUAUCUGCAAUCAGAUUAAUUGCCGUUAAAUGCAGCAGUUUCUAGAGGAACACAAACUAGUUAAGUAGUGUUUGUUCACAGAUGUAUAAAUAAAGUGUGCAGGUGCUUGCCCUUACUCGAGGUCCACCAAGCAAUUCUUAUUCGAAACAUUUGAGAGACUGUUGUUUGUAACAAUGAAAGGCGGCAUGUUUAUUGGUGCUUUUGAAAAGCUCAGGGAAAACUAUAUGGUUGGUGAUGAGCCAGAAAACCAAGGCCAGCGUUGCGUCACUAUCAAGGUUAACUUUCAUCAGAACCAGUCUUCCUUGACCUGCUGUUUUAAGCAUAUAAACAAAGCAGCAGAUUUAGGGAUAUUGGUGCUAAAUUGCACCAGUGUAUUUCAUUUAUUUUCGCACUAGAAAAUGAAGGCAAACAAAGCAUUGCUAAAAUGUAUCACCUGGGUUUGAAAUUAUUCUGAAGUGAAUGCUUUAGGGCUCUUAGACUAGCGUUUUAACCUGCGCUCUGGGUUUCAUGCAUUCAGCCGCAGGGGAACACAGGAGUAGACGCACUGAAUUCUUUUCAAUGGGGCUUUACUCACACAGACGUAUGUAAACACCAAACGCAGGUUGGGAUGCAGCAUUUUUCCUGCGUUUGGCGCUUACAUGCGUUUGUGUGAGUACAGACGAGUGUUUUUACCUGCGUUUUCCGGUUUCAUGCGUUCAGUGUAGGUAAAACAUUCAUCUGUAAGAGCCCUUAGUGUAAUCAGUAAUCCAACCUCAUUGAAUUUCUUCAUGCAGUAACAUGCCUUUCACCUAUAAGCUCUCAUUGACCUAACAUAGGAUUGAUUUUCUUUACUUCUAUUUCAGCAUUAGUUGGAAGCUGAUUUAGCAAGAAAAUACCAUCUUGAGGAUUUUUCUUGUUGUCUUAAUACAGCAAUGGUGUUUAAGUUAGAGAGAAAUUUUAGUGAUUUCGAUUUGGUUUAAUGAAAGUGCUGAGAUUUUUGCAGCUGAAUGUAUCCACUCUCGCUGGCUGACACUGUUCCAGCAGUAUAUGUGUGAUUAAGGGUCCCCCAAAAAAGCAAAAGACUAUCCCCCAUUAUUGCAAGCUGUAGCUGUUGGGAGGCAACAUCAUGAAUUUUUUUUUAAACCAUGUUGAAAACGAAUUCUUGUUAAAUGUAUGACAUCACUAAUGUGAAUUGUUCUUACGGUAUGUUGGCAGAAUAAAUUAUGUUUGAAAAA